GUAGAGGAAAGCCUUCAGAUGCCAGACGGAACAAUACACAAAUGACUGACUUCCAUAAGGAUUUAUUGCAUCAAUUUUUUUUGUCCAAGCGACUCCUGUGACAUUCUUUUCUCUUCAUAUUUAUUCGUCAUCCUGUCUGACUGAAUCCGAGCUUUUUCUUUUUUUUUUGUCCUUUGCUGUUUUUUCACUCCACCUCGCCCUUCAGGACGCUGUCGCUUUAUGUCUCUCUCUGACAUCAGACACCUGCUAUGACCUGGUUUACUCCUACAGGCUCAGAGCAUUGUGGGAACGCUUCGGAGGAUGUGGGGAUCUUCUUCUUCCUGGGAUUUCGCCGCUCUCUCUUUCUUCUCUUUUCCCAUUCUUGUCUUUGUUUUCUUUUUAAUUGGCUUUCUUUUUUCAUAAUUCUGCUCUUUCACAGCUCAUCUUUUAGUCUCUCGGUGCCUCAUCUUUCUCCUUUGUGCAUCCUUCUUUCCCCAUCUUUUCUCUCCUUUUUCCCUUCUGCGUCGGACACUCUCAUACCUCAAUCUCACUAUGCUCCAUUUCUCUACGCCCCUCUAUGCCCUACAUUUCAUCUCUAUAUUCACUGAGGCCAGUUUCUGCUUUUCUAAUCUGUCUUUCCAUCUCCUCGAGACAACAUUUUGGAUUUACUGACCAAACUACUACUUCUCUUGGAAAAUGCUACUUUGCUGAGUUUUACUUUGCCAGCCAGGGCUGUCAGCGGUAUUUUGUAACCUGCGACUUGAGAUUCAUGGAUUCAGGGCAGCUGCCUUAUUUGAAUUUCACAUCAAGGAUUGAUUAAUUGAAUCAGCGGCCCCACAGAAGACCUGCAUUUGAUAUUUAUUGGGGAUUUAGUGGACUGCAGCAGAGCUUAAUUGGAAGAGAAUCAUCGCCCGGCCACAGAAGCCUGGCUUGAAUGUCUUGUUUUGUGAAGCUUACACCCUGCUGAAGUGUCCUUGGGCAACUUACUGAAUCUGCUGCAGCCCAGAGGGCUCAAUCUCCCUGACGGGAAGGAGCACAGAAAGAGCUGCCUUACAGGGAUCGUUACAUAUCGCAUUGCACAAUGGUAAAGGAAUUUUGUGCGACUAAAGUUCAUAACAUAAACUGGGACGGAUUGAUGACUGAAACCUGGACCCUAAGCCACUUCCACAAGUCUUGAACUAACAUUAUGUUUUAGCAAGACGUAGAAGAGGAAGUCACAGUCCUGUGAUCAGUAACUCGGAUUCCUGAUACUGCACAUUUGUUUUUUGUGAAUUCAGUUGUUUUAGUAUGGGAGAAGAGCGAAAGAAAGCCUGUCCUUUAUUGAUUUGGAUCAUUUCUGCAUGCUGGACCAUUGUGAGAAGCUGAGUCAGACCUUUAUCUCAGUAUUGUUUAAGGUAAAACAUUUUGAGCAUCUCUAUCACCUGGAUUUGGAGCCGGAUGAUCGAUGUCUGCAUCUAUCGUGGAGUGACGCAGAAGUGGAGUGGAUGCUAGAGAGUUGUCAGUUACGGACUGGUGUUCUCUCAACCUCUUGUGGGUUUACUUGCUGUGUCACCACAUUUUAAAGUACAAAGAAUAUUUGACAUCCUCUGUUUCCUCUCACUGGGCUGUCUGCUUUACCGGAAUUACAUCCCUGCGGGAAACUGUCUUUGAUUGAUUUUUCUUUUUUCUCUAUUGCAUUUCCUGUGGCUGUCUCGUGGCUAAAAGUUACAAAUGGAUAGUACCACCCCUGUAACCAUGCUGUGACAGCCCUGGUACCAGCACACCAAGUCUCACUUUCAAGCUUUUUUGGGAAUAUUUUUGGAUAUCUCAUUUUGCACAUCGCUAGUUUAUUUAAAUUCGAAAAACUAGGAAUUUUCCCUGGUUGCAAACAAGCCACAUCAGCAGCCAGUCUUGCGCUUUAUGCUGUAUCCGGGGUCCAAGAGUUUUGUCUGGAGACCCGUGGCUAGAUCUGGAACUGUCCCAUCGCAGCACAAAUGGAAAACAGCGGCUGUAUCCCUCUCUGCUGGAGCAAGGGGGCUUGCAUCUAUGCACAGCACCCCCUACCAAAAUAUGACGGCCAGUUAGCCCCAGCAGGAGCAUUUGAGUCAGGCAUGGCGUCGUCUUCCUACCUGGAGCCCAACCUCAAUCACUCGGCAGCGGGUGGUUGUGGGGUGAAAUCCCGGUCCGGGAUGCCUGGCGUUGGUACCAGCAGCUCUGCCGGUGGCCUCGAGCGCCCCCCUGGCUCCAUGGACCGGGUGCUCAAGAUCUUCCAUUACUUUGAGACAAAUAGUGAACCAAGUAGUUGGGCUAGUAAUAUCAGGCAUGGAGAUGCCACAGAUGUCAGGGGUGUUAUCCAGAAGAUAGCAGAGAUCCACAAAUUGCGCUGUGUGUCCUCUCUGGGUCUCCGUCUCACCCAUCUGCACUCUGAUGCUCUCCAUUGGUUACACCCAGAUUUGGGCGUGUCUCACGUCCGGGAGAAAUAUGAGAAACAGCACCCCCAGGAGGAGUGGAGGUAUGAGUUGCGGAUACGGUACCUUCCUAAAGGUUACCUUAGCCAUUUCUGUGAAGACAAACCCUCUCUCAACUACCUCUAUCACCAGGUAAAGAGUGAUUAUAUGCAGCAUAUAGCUGAUCGUGUGGAUCAAGAUGUUGCCUUGAAACUGGGAUGUUUGGAAAUUAGGAGGUUCUUCAGAGAGAUGCCAGGCAACGCCUUGGAUAAGAAAUCAAACUAUGAACUACUAGAGAAAGAUGUUGGUUUGAGAAGGUUCUUCCCCAAAAGCCUGCUGGACUCUCUCAAGGCGAAGACUCUCCGUAAGCAGAUCCAGCAAACCUUCAAGCAGUUCGCCAACUUCAACGAUGAGCAGAGCAUCCACAAGUUCUUUGAGAUACUCUCGCCCAUCUACCGCUUCGACAAGGAGUGCUUCAAAUGUGCUUUAGGGUCUAGUUGGGUAAUAUCAGUAGAGUUAGCUAUCGGACCAGAGGAAGGAAUCAGCUACCUCACAGAUAAGGGCUCAAUGCCCACACACUUAGCUAACUUCACCCAGGUUCAGUCAAUCCAGUACUCUUCCUUGGAAGAGAAGGACAGGAAAGGCAUGCUGCAGCUCAACGUAGCGGGAGCUCCAGAGCCUCUCACAGUCACGACGGCAUUGCUGACUACAGCAGAAAACAUGGCUGACUUGAUUGACGGAUACUGUCGGCUUGUCUCCUCAGCUACUCACUCCUUCAUCGUCAGAGUCCACAAAGAGGGGGACAGAGCUCUGCCUUCUAUACCCAAAGUUUCAAAUCAUGAGAGGCGAAUGGAAAAGCGGAUGGAAGGAGUACGGACCAGAGCUGUUUGCGUCUCAGGUCAAACUAGUGGCGAUGAAACGGACGACUAUGCUGAGAUCAUAGACGAGGAGGACACCUACACCAUGCCUUCAAAAUACUAUGGACUAGAUCAAGCACGGGACUAUGAGAUUCAGCGGGAUCGUAUUGAGCUGGGACGCUGCAUAGGUGAAGGUCAGUUUGGAGACGUCCACCAGGGAGUCUACAUCAGCCCGGAGAACCCGGCUCUUUCUGUGGCAGUGAAGACGUGUAAGAACUCAACCUCAGACAGCGUCAGGGAAAAGUUUCUCCAAGAAGCACUGACCAUGCGUCAGUUUGAUCAUCCGAACAUUGUGAAGCUGAUGGGAGUAAUCACAGAAAAUCCAGUUUGGAUCAUCAUGGAGCUCUGUACACUCGGAGAGUUGCGCUCAUUUCUCCAGGUGAGGAAGUACAGUUUAGACCUGGCCACUCUCAUCCUUUACUCCCACCAGCUCAGCACAGCGCUGGCCUAUCUGGAGAGCAAACGCUUUGUACACAGGGACAUUGCAGCCCGGAACGUGUUGGUGUCUACAGUCGACUGUGUGAAGCUGGGAGACUUUGGUCUGUCGCGAUACAUGGAAGAUAGCUCUUAUUACAAAGCAUCUAAAGGUAAACUGCCCAUUAAAUGGAUGGCUCCAGAAUCUAUUAACUUCAGACGCUUUACCACAGCCAGCGACGUCUGGAUGUUUGGCGUCUGUAUGUGGGAGAUUCUAAUGUACGGCAUAAAGCCUUUCCAGGGUGUGAAGAACAACGACGUCAUUGGCAGGAUAGAGAACGGCGAGCGGCUAGCGAUGCCCCCUCAGUGCCCUCCUACUCUGUACAGCUUGAUGACAAAGUGCUGGUCUUAUGAUCCGAGCAAGAGGCCGCGCUUCACUGAACUCAAAACACAACUCAGCACUAUCCUAGAGGAGGAGAAGCUCCAGCAGAAGGAGAGGAACAGGAUGGAGAUGAGGAGACAAGUCACUGUGUCUUGGGACUCGGGAGGGUCUGAGGAAGCACCACCAAAGCCCAGCCGUCGUCCCUCCCUGCAGCCGACCUUCAGUCUGGAUUGUCUUUCUGCUCCUUCUUCUCACCACCAUUGCCAUCAAAACCAGCACUUUGCCUCCCAGCUUUCCCUUUACCAUGGAAACCCUGAUUCUUUAUCUACCUACGCCUCCUCUCACUCACCCGCUCCUCCACUCUACCCCUCCUCUUUGCAAUUUCCCCAUCACUUUUCCUCUUCUCCUAAUCCACAGUUUAUACCGGCUCCCCUUCAAAACACCACUCAGUACAAUCGCUCUUUCUCUCCACACCACACUAGAUUGAAUCCCGAAUCCAAAGCUUGUCCGAGCUCGUUGCAACAGUUUCAAACAAACCACUGUUCUCUACCUCGCGCAAAUUCAGAGAGCAUGUCCAACGGCAGCUGCCCCCACAAGAUAAACCCCUCUUCUAACAGCCACCUGCUCGGUUCGUCUCAGCCAGCGUCAAACAUCUCCCACUCCCAUCCCAGGAACUUCUCUCCGCUCCUCUCCCUCUCCAGUCCUAACAUUAACUCUCUGCCCCGCAGGUUGUCAGAUGUUUGUCCCCUCACCCUCCAAAACAACCAUCCCAAGUCAAACUCUAAUCUUAAAACCCCGCUGCCACCCAGCUUUCACCACGGCUGCCAAACUAAUCCCAGAACCUCACUCCAACCUGACUCUGACCCCCAGGCCCAACACCAUGCGGUGCAGUCAUGUGGGAGGCCCCCGCUGGUCUCCGCUGCUCCCCUCACUCCCUAUACUCUACCCUCCACUAACCUUCAUCCACCCAGUAGAAAACCAAGUCCCGCUGUAACUGCCCACAUGCCAUUUUCCAUCCCCUGCUCUGAAAGACCCAUGUCCAUAUCUCUGAAGCCGAGUAGACCAGGCUACCCCAGUCCUCGCUCAAGUGAAGGUUUUUACCCCAGUCCCCAGCAUCCUGGACACUACCAGAUGGCGGGGUACCCUGGCCCUCACACGCUUCCCUCCGUGCCCAGCGCCCUGUACCCGCCACAGGCAGCCAUGCUGGACACGCACCACGCGCACACGCACCCUCGCCACCACGUCCACACACACUCGCACGCGCAACUCCUUCCCCAGCCCCAUGGACAGGACAUGGCACUGUGGGGCUCUGCAAUGGAGGACAGGGCAGUAGACAUGCAGCAGUGUGUAGGCCAGCAGUGCCUGUUAAUGGAGGAACAGCUGAUGAUACAACAACAGCAGAUGGAGGAGGAUCAGAGGUGGCUGGAACAGGAGGAAAUGCUGCUGAAACCAGACGCCAGAACUUCUCGAGGGAGUCUGGACAGAGAGGAUGGUGGACUCCAACCUCCAACGGGAAACCAGCACAUAUACCAGCCCGUUGGCAAAGCAGAGCAUGCAGCUCCUCCAAAGAAACCCCCUCGACCUGGAGCCCAAAGCCAAGUGGGCAGUCUGGCCUGUCCAAAUACUGGAGACAGUUACAAUGAUGGAGUUAAGCCCUGGCGGCUGCAGCCCCACGAGAUAAGCCCGCCCCCCACCGCCAACCUGGACCGCUCCAACGACAAGGUGUACGAGAACGUGACGGGCCUGGUCAAAGCCGUGAUCGAGAUGUCAAGCAAGAUUCAGCCGGCUCCUCCAGAGGAAUACGUUCCUAUGGUCAAGGAUGUGGGGCUGGCAUUGAGGACGUUAUUGGCCACAGUGGACGAGACUUUACCACAACUUCCAGCCAGUACACACAGAGAGAUCGAGAUGGCUCAGAAACUGUUGAACUCUGACUUGGCUGAGCUGAUCGGGAAGAUGAAGUUAGCCCAACAGUAUGUGAUGACCAGUCUCCAGCAGGACUAUAAGAAACAGAUGUUGACGGCGGCUCACGCUCUCGCAGUCGACGCCAAGAACCUGCUGGAUGUCAUUGACCAAUCCCGGCUCAAGAUGAUGGCCCAGUCCCGCCCACACUAGCCCGGCCAACAGGAGCUGGUCUGCUGUUUGAGGGACAGCAUGGUGACGGUUCCUGUCGGCGGUGGAGAAUAAAAGACUCCUGAGUCGUGACUCCUGAUAUGUGAGAAACAGUGGCUCUGUUCAUUACAUGUUGAACCCUGCUUAAACCGAGGUCGUCCGUUCAUCUGGGAUUAAACUAUCCACCACUGUGACUUUCUUAGUACAAGAACAGAGCAAAAAAAAAACCUCUUCCUGAAUCAGGGACUUAACAGCUUCGCUCUCUUUGGACAUAUAUUUAAACUGAGCCGGAUUCCCGAGGGGGCAGAAGCUCCAUCGUGGGGCGACUGGAUCUGGAUUUGAUGACAUCAGAUAGAUCAGUCUUGGUGGAAUCCAACAAUAAGCAGAGCCAUCAGAUCGGACUGCCUCUGGUCGGCACUGUAUCUGCGUGGGAAUAGGCUUCAGACAUCAGCCAGCAGCCAUGAUGACGUCACGUGUUCUGACCCGUGGAUGUGAACCUCCAGCUCAGUUAAAGAAAUACCUCCACAUCUCCAUGGAUGCUCAUCAACUUUCUGUUCAGCUCUGGUUGUGCACGGUGCUUUUUUCCGAUGGACGCUCCAACAGGAAAACUCCCAGUAAAGAGACAGUCUCGGUUUGGUCAGGAGCUACAGCCUCACACCCUCCUCUCUCUUCGCUCCUCCACUCCCGUCUUCCCUCUGUCUCACCAGCUUUUAUUUAUAGACUCAGAAAUUGCUGAGGAGGAGACAGAGGGAGAGGCAGGAAGAGUCGGUUAAAAGCUGAGGACGGUGCAGCGCCAGUCUACUCCCUGAAGAAAGAAGCCACUUAUCCUCCUCUCUCCCUCUAUUUCAUUCACUUUCCAUCCUCACUGCUCCGCUCCCUCAGUCUUCCUCAGCUCAUAUCUGAGCAGAUUUUUAAGACUCCAAAUGUGAAGAAUCAAACUCCCUACUCGCACUCAGUUUGGUCUGCUCUUUUUAUCGGCUGCCUCCAUGACUUUGUGUUGUUUUCAGCGGUCACAGUCUUCUUCCUCGACACUGAAAACAGUUUAGGACUUGGAAUAAAAGCAGAUAUUCAAUCCCAGCAUGGAAAGAAAAAACAAACAAUAUGUGGAUUUUGAGGAGUCGGUCUGUGUGACUGGAUACUUUCAGAUGUGUUUCGUCUUCACCUGGUGUCACACCUUUAACAGCCCCGUUUCCACCAGGAACUUUCCUGCAAACAAACCUCACACCUGGAACCUUUGUGCUUUGUGCUUUGAGUCCCAGUUUCUGUCAGGUGUAACACUUUAAUAAUGUCCCUCCCAAACAACAGUCCCCAGGGAAAUAAACACACAUGAAAUGUGGAGCCACAUGAGUGGAACUCGUCUCGCAGACACAAAACACUGAACUGAAAAUACAGCAGAUCCCACGUCUCUUUGUUAAUACUAACCCCACAUGGAAUAUGACAUACUGCUAUAUGAAAUAUACUGGGGACUGUACUAGUGUAGCAUGGUAUACUGGUAUGGAGAAGAGCAUAUUUGCACAGCAAACAGCUAAUUUUCUGGCCCUUCUUUACACCCAGAUUUGAUUCAAUGUUUAGCCAGCAAUGAAACUAUCAAAUAUGUGGGUGUUAUAGGGUUAAAAAUUAAAAAAAAGAAAAAACACAAUCUAUUUUAUGUUGUUGCGUAAAUCUGCUCAUGUUGGUAUAUUGUAAACUAUACUGGCGUGUAUCACUGGUGAAUUGUACAGAACUCGUACUAGUAAACACUGGUUUUUAUUUUGUCUGCUGGGCUCAAUCAGCCAUCUUGUCAAAUAGGAGGAAAAAACAAUGAAAUAAAAUAAUGAUGAAAUGGAAA